CCAUUAUAUAACACCUAGUAUAACAUGGGACCAUUAUAUGACACCUAGUAUAACACAGGACCAUUAUAUAAUACCUAGUAUAGCACUGGAUUAUUAUAUAACACCUAGUAUAACACGGGACCAUUAUAUAACACCUAGUAUAACACAGGACCAUUAUAUAAUACCUAGUAUAGCACUGGACUGUUAUAUAACACCUAGUAUAACACUGGACCAUUAUAUAACACCUAGUAUAACACUGGACUAUUAUAUAAUACCUAGUAUAGCACUGGACUAUUAUAUAACACCUAGUAUAACACAGGACCAUUAUAUAACACCUAGUGUAGCACUGAUUCUUGGGGAUCAAUGCCAUUGGACCAUAAAUGAAUUUUCAAACCAUUUUUAUUUUUAAUAUUUCAGGUGAACACAAACUGUUCGUCAGACUCAAUCCACUGAAGAAGAACAUUUGGGAGAAAUUUAUUAAUAGACAGAAUUUUAGAGGAUUUGAAGAUCAACUUCGAGCCUCCACAUCUAAGCCAGAUAGUCUAGAUGCUCUGCUCUCUGGAAUAGGACGCCUAGUUAUCAACAACAAGAAGUUAAUUGUAAUGAAGCCAGUUGGUAGACCAUCUAAACAUAACUCUGUUCUGGGUAGAACACGCUUACCAGUCAGUAAGUUAAGUGGUGGUGAUAAUUCUGACAGGUUCAGUCAGAAUGAAGUUAUCAGGAACAAGAUCGGCAAGACUUCUAAGCUUCCAGAAGCUCCCGAGACAAGUACAAAAUUCAGUGCAAUCAAAGUAUCUGCAUCAAGUAAGUCAGUGGGUAAUAUGGCCAACUUAGAAUGUGAAGUUAACAAUUUUGAGCCAAGUGUCCCAUUUAAAGGAGCAGAUUCUGACUGUAUGUCCUCAACCAGUUUUGACCCAAGUGUUCCUUCCUCUUUGAGUGAUAAUGACUGUAAGUUAAAACCCAGUGUGGCAGGAAGUCUUCCUCCAGUAGUGCCCAACUCGCAAGUCAUGGGUAUGAAUAAUGGUGCAAGAACUGGCAGUAUGUCUGAUUCUUCUUGUAUUUCUUGUGGCAAGGACACAGCAACACUACAUCACAUUCACACAACACAAAUACCAUCUCAAGGUAAUAAAAGAAAAACAAUUAAUUGUAAUUCUCAAAACAAAAGAGGCAGAUUUAUGUCAGAACAAGUGAAACCUGAUUCUUUAAAUUUAAAAGCUCAAGAAAGUGUCUACAAUUUAGCCAGUUCUGCAAGUUCAUAUACAAGAGGGGAGAAUAAUUUAGCCAAGCUUGGCAGCCCUGAUGAAGACCCACCUGAUGUUGUAGUCAAGCUUGGCAGCCCUGAUAAAGACUCGCCUAAUGUUUUAGCCAAGCUUGGCAGCCCUGAUGAAGACCCACCUGAUGUUGUAGUCAAGCUUGGCAGCCCUGAUAAAGACUCGCCUAAUGUUUUAGCCAAGCUUGGCAGCCCUGAUGAAGACCCACCUAGUGCUUUAGCCAAACUUGGCAGCCCUGAUCAAGACUCGCCUAGUGUGUUACCUGUACUGAAGAACACUAGCUCAGAAACUCUAGACAUAGAUGUUGUGAAAGAAAGUGAAGAUUCUGACAAAAUUAUUUCACAGAACAGUGAAAUGGUAAUUCCAAUAAUAACUGAAGUCACCUCCCUUGCUGCUAUGUCAAGGAAGCUGGGAAGUAUAUCUAAUGAUCAGUCAGAAAUUUCUGAGUUAUUUCAGAAUAAUGAUAAUGACUCUUCUAUAGUUAUGAAUGUGAUGAGUUCUGAUAACUGGACACUAAAUGAACCUCAGUGUUCAGAUACAUCAGUGUUGCCUCAGUUAAUACAUUCCGAGACAACUUUCCCUCGCUUGUGGUCUUCAGGUAAAGGUAAACCUGGUCGAAGUUUCCAAGAUAAUUUGUGUACUGUGUCUUCUAAAACAACACCCACUCCUGUUGCACCUUCCAGUAGUACAAACAAUACUGUAAAUAAUAACAGUGUUAUUCCCAUUAAUACUUCCAAAGGUGCUGCUGCAGUGCUUCCAAAUAGUGUGUCAUCCAGUGUUCCCAAUGUUUCCAGUUGUAUUCAAACAUGGCAGAGAGUAUUCUCAUGGAUGGUAUAUAGAGAGAGUGAUCAUUCCUUCACAUGUAGAAUAUGUGACUGGGGAGCUGUACAGUUAACCUCUGAGGUAGUGUUUGCUCUGACAGAUCCCACCGAGGUGUAUCUCGUGGCUGGGAAUCUGCGUAGCCACCAGGAAACUCGUUCUCAUAAAAUGAUGGCCUUCAAGACAUCCCUUAUCAUAACUUUCUUCAAAACUAUUUAUCCUACUUUAAAGAAAAACUUGUAUAAAGGACUUGAUGAUAUCAUAAGCUCCGUUGUCAACCUCUGUGGUGGAAUAUUUCCUGGACCGCGAGUGUCCCCACAGAAAGAGUACUUUACGUCCUACAUGAUUAAACACAUUGCUGAGUGCUUAGAAAUAAAUCUCAUUGAAUCUCUCACAAAUAGUCCAUUCUUCAGCAUAAUUGCUGUAGAAGGUAAGGAUUUUGCUAUCCUCCGAUGGCUAAACCAAAAAGGUGAACCAGUCGAACACUUUUUGUGUUCCAAAAUAUUCUGUUCAGUUGAAGGCAUGACAAUUACAAGUUAUCUUCAGAAGAAGAAAGUUGACACAACGAAGAUGAUUUUGUUUAGGCUCUUCCCCAGCAGCACAGAGAGACCUUCACCCUUCAUCACAGUAUCACAGUUGCCGGUGCGUUAUCCACCUCUCAGUCAACUGAUGAAUUGGCUGCAGAAAAUGGAUCUAUUUAAAGAUACCUUUACUCAUCUCGAGGCUUUAACUCGACUCUGCAAGUCUUCACAUCCCAGGCUGAAUAACUUCCCUGAAACAGCUGAGAUAGCUCAGUUUGAGGAACCAUUUAGUCAUGCCUGUUUAUUGAACAAGAGAGUUAUUAAAUUUUUUAUGGGGAAUGUUGGUAAGCUUAAAGCAAUUUGCAAUGACAUUUACAUAAAAACUGGAUGUUUGGACGCUCUUAGUAUAAGCAAGUUGGAAUUGCGGAAGAGUGAGUCACUGCAAAAUUGUGUGUCACUUCUUCUUAAACUGCAAGAAGUGUUUAGUAAAGAAUGUUCAUACUUUCACCUGUUUGAACUGAUCAAGGACUUCAGAUGUAGUGUGUGUAAGAAACUGAAGUCAGUGAAAAAUUGUGAUCCUGAUGAGUAUGCAGUCUUGUCCCUGCUGGACGUAUAUCUCUCUCAUGUCAUCAUCUCUUUACUUACUCCCGAACAAAAAUUUGCAAAUAUCUUCAUCAGAAAGUUAAGCAGAAUAAAUGUAAAUGAUAUUGAACAGAUUUUAAAGCAUUUAAAUAUUCAAUUUACGGAAGGAGCUAUGCAGUGUUUCAUGAGCUUGCAAGAGCUUCACACAAGAUUGUCCAAACACCGGGAUUGCAAUAUAAUUGAACUCUUGAACAAUUUUUCCAUUGACCCCAAAUUGUGCAAAGAUUUCCCACAACUGUUCCACUUGUACCAGAAGAUUAAAGUCGUGCCAUUUCUGCGUGCUUGCACCGAACAGUACAUGUUCAACUUGGCAGUCUUAGAGAUGCUUUCCACUGACACAGUGGAGAAGAGGCUCUUACCUUCACUCUCUUUAAUUGCACUGGAAGGUCCUCCAAUGGAGGACAUUAAUUUAGACCUCGUCCUGGAUCUCUGGUCGAAGAAAUGGAAAAUGUUUAUUGAGAGAAAGUAAUCAUGUUCUGAGGUUUCUAGUACAUUUUUUUUUUUAGUUGUUAAUGAAGAGAAAGUAUGUUUAUAUUGGAUGGUAUUUAGAAUUAGCCUUUAUAAAAAUUUUGUUUAUUAUAUUUAUGUAGUUAUACAGUCAGUUCUCUCAUUAAGCUUCUUUAUGUGAAAGUAAGCAUAGUAUGUGCAGGUUAAUUUAAUUUUUUAUCUUAUUCACUAAAACACACACACGCACACAUCGAACUUAAUUCAUUCCGGAUAUCAGUUCAACAACCAAACCAAUUUUUCCCAUAAAGAAUAAUGUAAAUAGAAUUAAUCCAUUCCAGACAAAAAUGACAAUAUAAUAAUUUAUUAAUAAUAACCUACUACUACAUAAAACAAUAUAUAAAAUUAUACAGCAUAGGGAAAUUGUAAAAAUGAAUACUAAAUGAAAAUUUAACUGAAAUACUGUACAGUAAAUGAAAAUUUAAGCCUUUGAGUGUCGAGACCCCUGGUCAUAAACUUGCUCAUAGUGUCGAAGAAUUUAAAACAAAAAUAUUUUUAUGAAAUGAUAGAGAAUUUUUUUCCGAAGGUAAUGAAACCAGAAGUUCGAAAUUUGAUGAAAAACUUAGGGAAUUUCGCUCUCGUGAAGUUAACUGUCUCGGCAAUAUUUAUGCCAUUUUGGGUCAAUUCCUUUGUUCCACCUGACCAAACUCAUAGCUAUUUUGCUAGAACUUUUAUUCUAUCGAUUGAGUACAAGAAACUACUCAUUUACCUAUUUCAACUACACAAAUAAUGAUCAGAAAUUACUAAUUUGGUCAAUUUCACCCAAAAUUCAAGAAAAGCCAGUUUCAAAAUAGGGUCCAGAAUAAAUAAGGCAGACAUUCCUGGUACUAAAAUAACAUUUUCUCUGUUCAUUAGUCACAUCUCCUGACCCCUCUUAUAUUACGCUAGCUUUUUAUUUUGAAUUUUUAUUCACACACAAAAAAAGAUGAUUUACCGUUAUUCAGACUACUGCAUAAUUGUAUAAAUAAUAUCAGUGCAUUCAUAAAUGCAUAUAAGACCCACCAGUUGAUGUGUAUUGGACGUGUGACGUGAUUUGUAUAUUCUUGAACAUUGGCAAAAAUCGAACAUUUUCGCUACUUUGAGCUCAACUUCAAGCUGCUUUUAGUUGGUAAACCAUUCAAAAUUACCUCUAUUUCUGUAGUAUAUCUUCCAUUCUAUCAAGCGAGACCAAGAAAAUGAAUACCAUAUGAAAAUACACUGCAAAGUUGCUGGGUUAAACCAAAAACAUGGUCUCAGUUUUUUUUUCUCAUGCACUGCUUGCUCAGGAUUUGUUUUUAUACUGCACACACUGACCAUGCAGACCAAUUCUCUCAUAUGUAGACCUACCAGCUUUCUCUCCUAUGUAGGCCUACCAGCUUUCUCCCAUAUGUAGGCCAUCCAGUUUUCUCCCAUAUGUAGGCCUACCAGCUUUCUCCCAUAUGUAGGCCAACCAGCUUUCUCCCAUAUGUAGGCCUACCAGCUUUCUCCCAUAUGUAGGCCUACCAGCUUUCUCCCACAAGAUUUGAAGCCGCUAGAAUUUUGGUGUAGUAUUACGGGACCGACACUGGCUUCAAAGCCAUAAUAUUACGGCACCAACACCAAACAGGUUAACCACUUCUUACCUGUCAGAGGAGAGCUAAUGGCAAAAUUUUAGAGGCUUCAAAUCUUGUGGGAGAAAGCUGGUAGGCCUACAUGUGAGAAUGGGUCUUCAUUGUUGUUGUGCACAGUAAAAAAAAAAAUCCUGCAACACAGUUCAUUGUGAAAAAAACUGCAACCUUGUUUUUGGUUUGCAACUGACUUUACGGUGUAUUUUUGCAUGGCAUUUAUGUUUGUACCGCCUCUCCUCACUUAACGAUGGAGUUCCAUUCCUAAGACCACGUCGGUAAACAAAUUCAU